UCUAAUAUUUAAUGAUAUAUUAAUUUGUGUAUAAAUAGAUUCCAUUGUAAACAUAUUUUGAAUAUUCUUAUGUUCCAGAAAUAGAACAAAGAUACAGUACAUUAAAGUAUAGGUAAACCUGAAGUUGAUCUAUAAAGCAGUUCAAAAACAUUUGUCCAAUCAUUAAAUAAUUGUGCUGGAAAGUGAAAAGGUUGUUUGUGGGAUAUUUUUAGAUUCCAUUAAUUUUCUGUGUAAAUUAGAUAAAUGAAUCUGUAUUUUAAAUGUAAGCCACUACACGAAUUAUUUCUCCAUUUUAUUAGGUAUAUUCAUUUGAUAACUUUUGAUUUCACAAAUACAGUAUAAACAAUUCUAAAAAUGUAUUAAUUUUAUUCAGGAAAAUAAGAUUUAAUGCAGAUCUUUUUAAAAAGAUAUAGAUACUGUAUAACUAUAAAAUAUAAUGAUAAAGGAUUUGUAUUAUAGAAUAUCCCUGUAGUGGACCAAAACAGUUCAAGGCUAUGUCACCAAGUAGCAUGACACUUCCUACCACAAGUACCUGGGAAAUGGGACAAGGUUUAUCACCUUAUGCACCAUUACCACCUCCAGAUAUGCAGACAAUAUCAAAUGGCCCAAUGCCUAAUGGUCCUAUGAUGUCCAAUGGAGUAGGUUUUGGUACUCAUGGGACAGCAGGAUUUGACUUUCAAUCCCAAGCAUCUGAUUUCAGUAGUCCACUUUCUCACCUCAAUGAAAGUGUAGCAUCAUUAGAUCCUUUAGCUGCAAUGGAAAAAUCACUUAAUCAUCAUGAACAGCAAAUGGGAACCAUUAAUUUACAUGAUCAAAGCAGUCAGGGUCUUCGUCACCCACCUUCCUCAUCAUCUGGGACCAAUUCAUCCCAGCAAACAUCUGCUAUGCCCACAACAACUCAGGGACAGGUGAUGAUGCAACAUGGACCACAUACACCUCACACUCCUCAUACUCCUCACACACCACAUACACCUGGAAAUUCUGGAGGAGGUCCACCUAGUGUGCCACCUCCAACUUCCCAGCAAUCAAGUGGUACAGAAAACAAUAGCAAUAGUACCACAGUGGUUGCUUCAAGUCAGCCCAAUAGUCAGUCAUCCACAAACAGUGAUUCUUCUCUUCCACAUGCUCCUGAUCUUGGUGAUUUAAAUUUUGAUCCUGCAGCUGUUAUUGAAGGAGAGGGACAAGGACAGGAAGGAUUAAAUGUAAGUAGGAAUAGACCUAUUUGUAUAUCCAAAUUUCAUUAUAUAUGAUGGUAAUGCAUUGAUUACUAUGUUAAUUUAAUUUGAUAUAUGGUUGGAAUCCUUAAAUUAUCAUAUUAGCUUGUCUAAUUCUAGAUCUCAUGUGACAUUAUUAAUCUGUAUAUGAGAUAGAAAUUUAUGAUAAUAUUUAUUUGGUUUAUAAAAAUAACUCAACAAGAACUGCUGAACAAUUUACAGUUAUGGUUGUUGUAUAAUUAACAUUUUUACUUAAUCAUUUAUCUUUUAAUAACUCUUAAUGAAAACUCUUUACAAUAAGAUAUUCUGAUUAAUAAAACUGAUAUUUAUAAAAAAUCAAUAUUAUAUAUUUUAAUUAAGAAGAA